AUGGCAUCAAUCCCUAGGACAAUCGGGCGGCCUCCGUCAGUGACAAAGAUCCCACUGUUCCUGGCGCCAGCCUUCGCGAGACCAUCCACCAUCACAGCAACCUCAUCAACGCCUAUCAUUCGAUCAUAUGCGACACAAAAGGAGGAGAAGAAAAGCCACACAAACUGGGCACUACAUGCACGUCCUAAAAUUGAUCGGAACAAGAAAAGAGGUGUCUCCGCUAUUCGAAGGACUGGACCCAGGAGUAUGCGAGGGCUCUGGAAAUACCCUCUUCCAGUGCCUGUAGCACGAGAUCACAGAGGAACGGCGGCAGAAUAUACAGAAUCUGCCGAUCAUGGGCUCUGGGGAUUUUUCGACAAGUCCAAGCAGGCACUGCUUGCACCAGAUGAUGAAUCGAGCCAUGGACGGGCUUGGACGUACAAGGAGCUAUCCGUAAAAUCUUUCGAGGAUCUCCAUAAACUCUACUGGGUGUGUGUGAAGGAACAGAAUCGAACUCUGACUCGAGAAAAAGAAAGACAACGUCUGAGGGCAGGUUAUGGUGAAGUGGAAAGUGAGGAGAGAGUGGCUGUUGACUGCUUAAUCCUGUUGGUCAUGAUUCGAAUAUUACUGGAAAGUUAUCUGAUAUCAGACUAUGUCACGCUCAAUUUGACUCACCAACUCUUUGGCGAGUGGAAAAAGCUGACAACAUGA